GGCUGGAACCCGGGUCAGCUUGGCAUCUUCCUCCAGUCAGUGACCAAGUCCUGCUUCAGCGAGCCUUCUGCUCAUCCCCUCGGUUCCCUUCCAGCCUCCCUCCCGCCACCAAAGCUAGCCUCGUGGUGGCAGGCUGAGGAGGAGCAAAGAAAGGAGGAUUAAAGAGAAGAAAGACCUGGCCGGGUUUGGCUGGUGUCUGCAGUGCCAGAAAGGGAGGUGGCGGCGGCGGCGGCGGCGGCGGCUGCGACCACGGCCGCGCGGGACGUGAGGCCCGAGAGCCGCCGACGGCGACGGCCGCUCCAGAGCCUCGCGCCGGGGCCGUUAGUCAGCAGAACGCGAGCCCGUGUGGAGGAGCAGGGCCGGCGCGAGGCGAGACUCCAGAGCGCGAGCCGGCCCCCUCGGGCGCCGCCGUCCUUCGUCGUCCCGGCGCCGGGGGCUGCAGCCCUCGUCCCCCCUCCUCGGCCGCGCCCGCCCGCAGGCCGGGAGAGUCCGGCGGCGGCGGCGGCAGCAACGUGGGUCGCACCUUGUGGAGGACAGCGCGGCGGCAGAGGCUCUCUCCCGGCCCUUUCUUCCCGACACCUUGGCCGCGGCCCCUCAGGUGCAGAAGAUGAAUAAUCUUUCAUUUAGUGAGCUAUGUUGCCUCUUCUGCUGUCCACCUUGCCCUGGGAAAAUUGCUUCAAAAUUAGCGUUUUUGCCACCUGAUCCUACUUACACGUUGAUGUGUGAUGAAAGUGGAAGCCGCUGGACUUUACAUCUAUCAGAACGAGCAGACUGGCAGUACUCUUCUAGAGAAAAAGAUGCUAUUGAAUGUUUCAUGACUAGAACCAGUAAAGGCAACAGAAUUGCCUGCAUGUUUGUGCGUUGUUCACCCAACGCCAAAUAUACUUUACUCUUCUCACAUGGAAAUGCUGUUGAUCUCGGGCAGAUGAGCAGCUUUUACAUAGGACUGGGAUCACGGAUUAAUUGUAAUAUAUUCUCAUAUGAUUAUUCUGGAUACGGCGCAAGUUCUGGGAAACCAACAGAGAAGAACCUCUAUGCGGAUAUCGAAGCUGCUUGGCUUGCUCUUAGGACAAGAUAUGGCAUUCGCCCUGAAAAUGUGAUUAUAUAUGGCCAAAGUAUAGGGACAGUACCAUCUGUGGAUCUUGCUGCUCGUUAUGAGAGUGCUGCUGUUAUUCUUCAUUCUCCUUUGACUUCGGGAAUGCGAGUUGCUUUUCCUGAUACCAAGAAGACCUACUGUUUUGAUGCGUUCCCAAACAUUGACAAAAUCUCUAAGAUAACCUCUCCGGUAUUAAUAAUUCAUGGGACUGAAGAUGAAGUCAUUGACUUUUCACAUGGCCUCGCACUGUUUGAGCGUUGCCAAAGACCUGUGGAGCCUCUGUGGGUUGAAGGGGCAGGUCACAAUGAUGUGGAACUUUAUGGACAGUACCUUGAAAGGUUGAAACAGUUUGUGUCACAGGAACUGAGCAUUGCCCGCGCCAUGGCAUCCAGAAGAUAGAAUCAUGUAGAAGAAUUGGCAAGGAGAUCUGGGUUCUCUUCUCACCGGACACCAGUUAGAUCUGUGGCCUUGCCAAGUCACGUCUCUGGACCAGUUUCCUCACUAGAAAGGAAGAGAUGGAACUGAUUGAUUGAUAAUUAUCUCUUACGUUUCUAAUGUAAUGAAAAUCUCAACCCCAUUCAUUUGUAAAGACUCAUACCGAUUUUUAACCUGGGCUAGAAGAGCCUCAAGUGAACUUAUUUUGAUAGUUCUCUUUUGUGCAUGCCAGCAUGGUGGAACUUGGAUGGUAAUACUAAUCCUGGGGAAAUGGUUGGCAGUGUACAUAACUCCUACUAUAUCUUCAAGUACAUAAGACAGUGUAAGAACUUCCAAUUAAUUGGUUUAUAAUCUAUACACUUUUCCAGACUUCUUACUGACUUCAAUUUACCACUUCUGUGUACUACCUAAGAAUGUAUUGCAGUAGUUUUUCUUGGUGAUUUCUAUAAAUAUUAGGUAUUACUCAGUUUAAGAAAGCUUGAAACGUGAAAAUAAAUUUUUUUUAAUUGCAAACUGCCAUCAAUUUCCUAUAAAUGGAAGGUUCUUGGUGCAUUUAGACAUUCUAUAUGACAAAAAUAACUUUCUGAGAACAGGUAUUAUGGAAAGCCAGACAAACUCCAAAAAUAAAACUUUUUAGAUAUGAAA